UAAUAAUAUAAUAUUCAACAAAUUCUUUCUUCAAAAUUCACAGUUAAUAAAGUGCAAAUAAAAUUCCAAUCAGGACAGUUAUAUUGUUAACAAUAUAAGUGAAUUUUUAAAUAUUCUUCAAAAUCCAUAAUGGCAAUGACAAGAAGAAUUAACGAAACUGUGAAUAAUAUAAAGAAAUUCACUGAAAAAAAUGAAAACAAUAAUUUUAUAAAAUUGACAAAAAAUACAGAUAAUAUAGAUAAAGAAUCAAAAUUAUGGUUAGAGGGAUAUUUAAUACCAAAAUUAAAAGUAGUAUUAAAUCAUGAAAAUAGUGUUACAAAAUACGAGGUAAAAAGUUCCGAGCCAUUACUUAUGUCAAGUAUAAUAUUUCUCGAACUAAAAUUAAUUGAUAAGAGGGAAGAAAAAAAUUUUCGUCUCAUACUAAAACGACCCCAUAGAAUUGAAUUGAUGAGACAAGUUUUUCAAGCCGAUAAAUUUUUUCACAAUGAAAUUUUAUUUUAUGAAAAAUAUCAAAAAAAUAGCAAAGACUAUCCAAAAUGUUUCUAUACAAAUGAAGAUCCACCGAUAAAUUCUGCGAUUGUCAUUGAGAAUAUUAACGAAAAUGGAUAUUAUCAGUGUCCCGAGAAGGUGAAUUUAAAAAUGAAAUACAUUGUCGCAGCAAUGCAGGAAAUUGGUAAAUUUCAUGCCAAGGCCUAUGUACUUAAACAUAAAUUGCCAAGGGAAUUUUUUCAAAUAGUCAAUAAUAUUCAAGAAACAAGAUAUGAAUAUAGAGAGAGAAAUUUUUUUCCAAUUAUGAUGAACAAUUUAAUGCCAAGAAUUAUUAAAUGUUUACGUGAUAAAAAUUAUGAUACAGUGUUUUGUGAUGGAGCUGAGAAAUUUUUUGAAAAUGCCUUUGACAAUUGUAUGCGAGUUGCAUUGAAUUCAAAAAUGUCAUUAGCCACAAUUUGUCAUGGUGAUUUUACGGUGAACAAUGUUUUCUUCAAAGAAAGUGAAUUUGGUGUUAAAGCAAUGCUUUUUGAUUUUGCAAUGAUAUCCUAUGGUUCACCUGCUAUUGAUCUUUCGACAUUUAUUUAUUUAAGCAUGUCACCGGAUGAUAUACGAACAAAAUUUACACAAGUUUUCGAUGCCUAUUACAAUUCAUUGAUGGAUUAUUUUAAAGAAAUUAAUUUUUCAGAAAUGUAUUCCAAAGAAUUUUCAAAAGAAAAUUUUUUAAACAACUAUAAAAGAUAUGCAAUUUUUGGUUUUAUGAUUGCCAGUUUUUAUUUACCAAUUAUGCAUGGAGUGGAAUUGACAAAUUUUGAUUUUUCCACAGAUAUGGAAAAUGCCGCGGAACAUUUUAAAGACAUUGGUGGCGAUAAAUUUAGAGAUCUUUUGAUGGAAAUAUUUUUGGAUAUGAGAAAUAGUGGUUGUUUAGAUCAUAUUAUCGACUAUAAAAAACUGAAUGAAGAAUCUAAGGUUUUAUCAUUCAAAAAUUACAAUGGCAGAAAAUAAAAAUGAUAUUGGAGAUAGCGCAAAUAAAGAAGAGUCAAGAAUUUUAUAACAACAGAUUGGAAUCAGAAUAUAAACAAAUUUUUUUGAAACUAUUAUAUAAAGGAAGAAAAAAAAAUAAUUGCCUUCGUCCUAUGUUGUGUAAUUUUCAAACGAUAAAUUCUGCACAACGUUGGAAAAUGUGUAUGUGCUGGAAAAGCUGAAAUGCAUUGAAGGUUCAUCCAAUAAUAAUGUUCCGGAGAAACAGAACGAUAAAUCCGUCGAGUCGUUCCUGAAAGGUGUUCGUCCCACCGGAAUUUCUGGUACUGACUAGUCCUGCACAUUUGUCUUCAGGUACAUCCGGUUCUCCAGUUUGUCGCGUUUAGCUCCAUUCCAUUCUCCAACACACAAAUCUAUAAAUUUUUAUAAACUCACACACACACACACAACUCAGUUGCACUGUUCUUCUCGAGUAAAUCAUUUUAAUCCGAAGCUUUCCGCCUUUAUUUAUUUUUUUUCGGUUUUCUUUUUUUUCUUUUUUUUGUUUGUUGUUGUUGACCUUCUCAAACUUUAAAACAUCCUUCUGACAAUAAUCUAAUUUUAAAAAAUGUGAAAGUUUCACGAAUGAAAAAGUCACAUUCGACAAGAAAAAUAAUAUAUAAAGAAAAUUGAGUUUCAUGAACUUUUUUUUUUUUUUUUUUUUACCUCAAACGCGCGCACGCUUUCACCGCAUGAAGUUACAAUUUUUUGAAAAGUAGCCAAAUUCUCGGACAUUUGGACUUUGAAAAGAAAAUAUUUCCUUCUUGAAAGAAAAGUUAACUGGGCUUUUUCACCUAACUUUUGUCAAAAGAAGGAAGGAAGAAAGAGACAAAUCUUUAUUCCAAGGAGUUAAAUGCUUUAAAGGAGACUUUUCUUUUUUUUUUAACUUUUCUGUAAUUUUCUUAAAAGAUAGAAAGUUUUUUCUUUCCCUAGUUUUAGUCAAUAUUUUUAAUAUAUUUUU